CGGAUACGGUACGUGAUGCCGUCCGCCCACCUGACACUGCGCGAGGAGGACGUGGUGCGGCUGUGUUUGGAGUUCCUGCACAACCGGGACUUGCACAUCUCUCAGCUGAGCGUAGAGCGGGAGACGGGAGUCAUCAAUGGGGCCUACUCGGACGAUGUGUUGUUUCUGCGACAACUCGUGCUGGACGGACAGUGGGACGAUGUGCUGGAGUUUAUCCAGCCACUGGAAGCCAUCCCCGCCUUCGACAUGAAGAGGUUCCGCUUUAUAGUGCUGCGGCACAAGUACGUGGAGCUUCUCUGUAUCAAGACGGAGGCCAGCUGCAGUGGAAACAGUGUAGACAGUGCGGUGGAGGAGGUGGUCAAAGUCCUGAAUGAGCUGGAGAGGGUUUCCCCCAGCAAGGAAGACUACUCGAAUCUGUGUCUCCUCCUGACUCUCCCGCGGCUCACCGAUCAUCUCCACUACAAAGACUGGAACCCUAGCAAUGCCCGUGUCAAGUGUUUCCGUGACGUGUUUCCUCUAGUCGAAAAGUUCCUUCCUGGCGACAAGAAAUCGGACCGAGGAUCCGCGCUGUCGGCCACGGCGAAGAACGACCGUCUAGUCCAAUUGAUUAUCAAAGGCAUCUUGUACGAAUCUUGUGUAUCAUAUUGCCAAGCGAAAGCGACCGGUUCAAAGGAGUCUCAAUCUCACGAAAUGAACUUUUCCAGAUUGCUGGAUGGCUCUGUAGGGUUCAGUGAUUCGGAUUUGAGUUUACUUUCCUGGCUUCAGAGCAUACCUCAUGACACCUUUUCUGUACCUUUUGAGCAACGUACCCUAAAUGUGGACGUAGAACGAUUAGAACGGCCCUCGCUUGAGACCUCUUGGACCGAGCACAUGCUCGUGACACCCAUCAAACCAAAGACGUUUCCACACUCUGCGAUGCCCUUUACGAGGCCUAGGUCAGCUGCAGACAUCAUGUCACGGUCGCUACUCCCCGCUUUAGAAGGAAGUCCCUCAGUCAACCGAAUGAACAAGGCGGCUUUAAUGGCACUUUCAACUGGAGACAUCCUGACUGACUCACCCAUGUCCAGGUCUUCCUUUGCCAGUUUCCAUCUCACCGGACACAAAAACAAUAAGCUGAUGAACACUUCGGUGGACCGCCUGUUCGACAAUGAUGGAGAUGUAUUCCUGAGCAGUAGUUAUACGGAGUUCCAACUGCCCUCUAUCUCAGAACAGCACAGCACCCCCAUGCAAGCCAGCGGGACGAUGCGGUCUCGUAGGGACCGCUCAGGAUCUCCCGCUGACAAGCGUUUGGCUGGCGGAGCCCCUUCAAAUGCUUCCACACCCGAGCAUCGAUCCUCCGCUUCUACCUCCACCACGGCUCGGUCCUCUCGAAGAGACUCUCUUAGUGACAAACCGAUCUCCGCUUGCACAACUCUAAUCGCGGGUGACAGUUUUGACGGCGAUCUUCUCAAGGAGUACAAGAAGCACAAACAGAGGUUUCAUGACAACACUAUGAGCAAAGAGGACAUGAAACAAGUCGAUAACAGGCUGCAGGAAGAAAG